AUGAAAGUUCAGUCUAAAAAGUGUCUGGAGCACAUCUCCGUACCAGACAGGGUGUUGUGUUUGCACAUAGCUUGGAAUAUUUUGUUCGUCGGGCUCGCCAGUGGAUCGGUCGUCAGCUAUGACCUAAAGACCCUGAAGGAGCUGGAUGUGUUCGAGUGCCACGGCCCACGAGGGGUGAGCUGCCUCAGCACGGCUCAGGAGGGAGCUCGGCGGCUGCUGCUGGUCGGGUCGUACGACAACACAAUCAGCGUGCGCGACGCCAAGAACGGCCUGCUGCUGCGCUCACUGCAAGGUCACACCAAGACUGUGCUCUGCAUGAAGGUGGUGAAUGAUCUGGUCUUCAGUGGCUCCAGCGACACAUCCGUGCACGCUUACAACAUCCAUACGGGUGAGCUGGUUCGGAUCUACAAGGGUCACGGUCAUGCCGUCACGUCUAUUGUCAUUUUGGGGAAAGUGAUGGUGACGGCCUGCCUGGAUAGACUGGUUCGAGUUUAUGAGCUACAGUCCCACGAUCGCCUGCAAGUGUACGGGGGUCACAGUGACAUGGUGAUGUGUAUGGCUGUUCACAGGAGUGUGAUUUACACAGGCUGUUACGAUGGAACGGUUCAAGCUGUAAAACUCAACCUGAUGAAAAACCACCGGUGCUGGUGGCAGAGCUGCAGCAUGAUCUUCGGCGUCCCGGAGCAUCUCGUACUUCACCUCACCGAAGAUCACAGCAACCCAAACCUGCAGACCGUGAAAUGUCGCUGGAAGGACUGCAACACCUUCUUCUCCACACAGCAGGCAGUUAAACAGGAACUGCCCAAACACAUGCAGAGUCACGUAGAAAACGACAAGCUGCAAAACUGACGGCAAUGAAAGUGAAAGUGC